AUGCCCGACUCGAAGCUCACCCGCGCCUCCCUCGCCUCCAUUCCCCUUUGCUUCGCCAGCUGUUCCCUCGGCAAGCCCACCGACUCUCUAUCCGAUCGCCUCACUUACCUCGCCAGAGCUGGAUUCGAAUACAUCGAGCUCUCCUUCCCGGACUUGCAAGCCUACGCCUCCUCGACGCAAGGCAAAGACGUCGGUGAGAAGGAUUGGGAUGCGCUGGAAGAGGCGGCGAAGGGCGUCAAGAAGCUCUGCGAAGAGCUUAAGAUCAAGGUGUUCAUCCUCCAGCCGUUCUCGAACUUUGAGGGGUGGAAGGAGGGGAGUGAGGAGUACAAAGAUGCGUGGGAGAGGGUUGAAGGGUGGAUCAGGAUCAUGAAGGCGGUUGGGACAGAUACGCUGCAGGUCGGCUCGACGGAUGCGGACGGCAUCGACACCUCACACGACAAGCUUGUCGCGGACUUGCGCAAGCUCUGCGACAGGCUUGCGAAGGAGGGUUUCAGGCUGGCGUAUGAGAACUGGUGCUGGUCAACGCACGCCCCCAAGUGGAAGCAGGCGUGGGAGCUCAUCCGCGACGUCGACAGGCCGAACAUCGGCUACAACCCCGACACCUUCCAGAUCUCUGGCGCGGAAUGGGCCGACCCGACGCGCCCCGACGGCCUCGUCGAAGCGUCGAGCGAAGAAGAGCGCGACAAGCGAUUUCAGGCGUCGCUCGACGAGCUGGCCAGCACGAUCCCGGCGGACAAGAUCUACUUCCUCCAGAUCUCGGACGCCUACAAGGUCAACCCGCCUCUCGAGGACAAGGUGGUCGACGGCUUGCGUCCGCGCGGACGAUGGAGCCACGACUACCGCCCUAUCCCGUACACGGGCGAGGGAUACCUCCCUGUCGAAAAGGUGACGAAGGCGGUCCUUCAGACGGGCUUCCGCGGCGUCUUCAGCGUCGAGGUGUUUGACAGCGGCAAGGACGGCAAGGGCAAGGACAUGCAGCUGGAGGCGUACGCGAGGGACGCCAUGUUGAGCGUCCAGCAGCUCCUUGACAACGUCGCGGACGACUGA